AUGGAGGCGGCGACGACAAUGGCGAUGGCGGCGGCGACGGUGACGAUGACGGUGGUGCUUCUGUACUACGUACUGAGCCGGCGGAUGUCAUCGACCCCAGCAGAGGAAGAUUUCAUCGGCGGUGAGUACUCGAGAUCGAAAGGUAGAUCUGAGAAGAAGCAGCUGGCUUGGCGUCCAGCUCAGGCGCCUGUAACAUGGCUCAAGACGAUCUCUACGCUUUUAGAGACUUUGAGGUUCACGUAUUCGGAGACUCUCGGUAAAUGGCCGAUCGGUGACUUGGCUUUCGGAAUUAAUUAUCUUAUUAGAAGGCAGGUAUGA